AGGCGACUCAGGAAAAAAAUCGUCAAAGCGAAGUGAAAAAUGGCCAGGGGUGGACGCAGCCUGCGGAGGGUGGCCGAGUGCAUGAAGCAGCUGUCCGCGAGCCGAGAGCUGACGUCCAGGAGCAACUUCAGAUACCUGUCGUCAUGUGGGAUCCUCAUGACGCGUGUCCCUCCUCUGCUGAAUGCCGCCUCAAGUCCUCAGACGGUGUCACCUGCACGCAGCUUCUUCAACCUGACAGACUCCUUCUCCAAGAGGAAGGAGUACUCCGAAAGACGCAUCAUCGGGUAUUCUAUGCAGGAGAUCUAUGACGUAGUGGCUGGAGUGGAGAACUAUCGUCUGUUUGUGCCCUGGUGUAAAAAGUCUGACGUGAUCUUCAGAAGAGCCGGGUUCUGCAAGGCCAAGCUCACCGUGGGCUUCCCUCCUGUGGUGGAGAACUACACCUCUCUAAUCUCGUCAGUGCGCCCCCACCUGGUUAAGGCUUCCUGCUCCGAGGGUAAACUGUUCAAUCAUUUGGAGACAGAAUGGCGUUUCAGUCCUGGGCUUCCUGGAUACCCUCGCACCUGUACUGUAGACUUCUCUAUCUCGUUCGAGUUCCGCUCCCUGCUGCACUCCCAACUCGCACACAUGUUCUUCGACGAGGUGGUGAAGCAGAUGGUUUCCGCGUUUGAGACCCGCGCGUCUCAGGUCUUCGGUGCGGAGACGCCCAUCCCUCGUGAGCUGAUGUUUCACGAGGUCCACCACACGUAGCACCUUCACUGCUGCACGCCCAAACCCAACACCCGAAGCUGACGUCCAAAUAUCUGCGAAGGAGGUUUGAAAAAAAAACAAAACUCCACGAUGUAACCUGCAGUGCCUGUCUCACAACAGACCAACUCCUGAGCGACCGUUUAUCUCCUACAGACAAUCUUCUGCCAACUCUCACUUUGGUGCUUUACAGAUGCUUCUCAUUUCUAUUUAUUUUUUGACAGUGUUCAUAGAAAGUGUUACUAGAAAGUGGGACUGAUUUUGAGUUUGUGUUGCCUACUUUAAUUAGUAAGUGAUGUACACACUCCCGGGCUCACGAUGGCGCUCUAACCACUGUUUUACAUCCAACACUAUCAUGAAACUUAUGUGACUAUAGCUCAUGAGGGAACAGGUCAGAAAUGUUAAAUGCAAUACGAUUAGUUUUGGAUGUAAUGCUUAAAGGUCCAUGUUACGCUUUUAAAAAAAAAUCUUUGUUCUAAUGUUGUUUCCUCAUCACAAACAGACCUGGAGUUUUGUUUCAUUCACAUGUUUAACACACAAACACACCUGCAUAUUUAGGCUACAAUUGGCUGUUUAUAUAAAUAGACAUAGCUAACCUGCUAGCUGCCACGGUCCAAACAGGAAGUGAUCAUGAGCGCGCUUCUGGCUCCAUCGAUUCACUUUACAUUGAAAAUCCGUUCCCCCUCUCUCUAACUGCUGCUGUCAGACUCGUCAUUUUGGUCUUAAAAUGUUCGUAUUAACCCGCUCUACGUGAUCCUGGGGUUUUUAUUUCACUAUUGUGUCCGUGAAUCGAGGUGCAGGUGGGAAAGGGGCGUUACCUUCGACAGCCUCGCUCCGGAUUGGCUCUUUGGUUGCUAUGAUACUCGCAGUCAAAAUCCCAAAUAUGAAUCUCUGCUUCCAAAUUCGCCGCUAUAACCGCUCUAGCCUCGACGAGUCCACUUCUUUACACAGUCUAAGGGUAAUACAGGAAGUGCUCCACUGUGUUUUUAAACUCAGUGAAACAAAACACAACUCCAGGUCUGUUUUUGAGAAGGGAACAGCAUUAGAACAUGACUUAACGCUCACAGGAGUCAAUUUUGCAUGGUAUCGGACCUUUAAAUUAACUAAGCUACAGUAUUUGGGACGUAGUGGUGGUGGUGGUAGUUGCAGUAAUAGUAGUAAAAAAAACCUCUUUGGUCUUAUUUCUUGGACUCAGGAGUUGACUUCUCAGGGACUAUUUUCUACACGAGGGCUUAAACUUGCGCACAGCUGGAUAUUUUUCGAUGCAGUUUACACACAAAAGGUGAAUAAAACAGUGGUUACAGCAGCGUGGGAAGUAGUUGAACUUGGUUGAAAGGGUUAAACAUCUUAAAUGGCAUUGUAUAACUUCACACUAUAACUUCUCUCUAAAAAAAAAAAAAAAACACCAGUGAUUUCAGAAUGGAGCCAUGUUUGUCUUAUUAACUUGGAUCAGUCGAUAGUCGAUGGGGUCAAAAGACAAAUUUACACCAAACUUCUGAAGGGUUCCAUUAGCACCUUAAUAUAGUAUCAUAGUUUCAAAUGAAUGUGCUCAUGUCAAUAGUUGGGGCAAGUUGCUAUACAUACAAUAUAUAAAUAAAUGUAUUAAUUCAUAUAGAGCUAUACAAAAUGGACACUGGCAGCGGUUACAAGCUCACCAAAAUCUGAUUAAUACCCGUUUUCUAGAUCUUUAAAAUCCAACAUGUGAGGAAGCAGAGGGACCACGAUCAGAAAAAAAACGCAAGAAGAAUUUGCUGUUUACGUUUCAGUUUAAAGGGCCCAUAUUACACUAUUUUUUUUCAGAUCUAUGUUUAUAAUGUCGUUUCCUCGUCACAAACAGACCAGGAGUUGUGUCGUGUUUUGUUUCAUUCACACACGUUUAACCCACAAACACACCUGCAUAUUUAGGCUGGGUUCUUCUCUCACACUGAAAACACUCUCUUCCACCUUGUGAUGUCAUCAAGUGGUAAUACAGGAAGUGCUCUACUGUGUUCUUAAACUCCAAUACACCUUCACUAGAAUAAUUUGGAUCAUUUCAGCACCUGGAAAGACCAAUCUCUACUGAACUAAAGGUAAAAGAUUGCAGAGAACUUGAAAAUUACCACUUUGUGACAUCACAAGGUGGAACAGAGCAUUUUGAGCUUUGGAGAUGUAGACAGACUAAUAAUAAAGUGUGAUAGAAACAAAACGCAAAAGGUCUGUUUUUGAGGAGGUUAAAGUUCACAAGAGUCAGUUUUGUGUAAUACAGGACCUUUUAAUAAUCUUAGAGUUGGAGUGUGCAUGUAACUGCAGCCACUGCCACAGGAAUAACUUGUAAAUGUGUGUUUUAAGAAUUAAUCUGGAUUUUUCAAUAUUAUAACAUAAAAGACUGCAGAUCGACCAGUGCAGAGUAUACGUACUGUUUACUAUCAGAAGAGGCUGAUGGUUUUGUUUGUGGAGGAAGUAUUUUUCAUGUUACACUGAGCUCUCAAAGGAGAAUAUCUCUAAUGGGAGCCUAAUAUGGGCCUAGUAUGGGCCGAGUAUGGGCCUAAUGUUUGCAAAAUAUUUUUUAUUUAGUUUUUGACAGUUUUUAGAGUGCAAUAUCUGUUUUUUUUACUGCAUCUCAGCAGCCCGCAGACCCACAGACAGAACAGGACCCAGAACGGUCUGUUCCCAAAAGCAGAAUUCCAGUGAAUCGUAGUUCUUACUCACAGUGCCUCGUUAGCCUGCUGGCAGCGUUUCUCAGUAUAAAUAUGUACACAUUUUAUAUUUAUUAGUUUAGACGUAGAUUACACAUUUGAGCUUUUAGUGGAUUUCACAAUAUUUCUGUUUGUCUAUUGGGAAAUACUUGUCUGUACAUGAUGUGACGAGAGACUUCAGAAAUGUAUUGACUGCAUGAUUUAUAAAACAUAUUUUUC